AUGUCAACGGCACCAGUUGUUCAGUUGCUACAUGCUCAAAACGCACAUCAUGAUUACACAGGAAACGAAUCGUCUUUGAAGGUUCCCGUCAACAUAUACUCAAACCAAGAGCAAUCUCUUAAUAAUCCUGAUCUAGAUCUGCCACCAUAUGAUUUGCUCUAUGCUUUGGUAGAUCUGUAUUUCGAGCAUAUCAAUUCCUGGUGCCCGAUCCUCCACCGGCGAACAACGCUGGAUACAUUUUUUGGCCCGUCACCACUAGAUGAGGCAGACCGAAUGGUGCUAUAUGCAAUUGUGGCAACAACUCUGCGCUUUUCCUCCGACAAUAGGCUUAAUGACCAGAACAGAAAGCGCUAUCAUGACUCGGCCAAGCAAAGGGUCGUCCUCCAUGGCCUAGAAAGUUCCUCUGUCAAGGCACUUCAGGCACUCGUGAUUUUAGCUCUUGAUCUGGUUGGAUCCUCUAAUGGGCCGCCAGGCUGGAAGCUCCUUGCCCUGAUUACCCGAUCUGUAGUUCAGCUAGGGUUGGCCGUGGAAUCAAAGUCUUCUCUUGUCACCCCCCUCUAUCCCUCAAUUUAUACUCUGAGAGCUGUCACUCUUUCGGAGCCAGACUGCUGGAUUGAGGAGGAGAGUAGACGUCGUUUAUUCUGGAUGGUCUACUUGCUGGACCGAUAUUCUACCCUGGCGACUGCGUUCAAUUUCGCCUUGGACGACAAAGAUAUCGACCGCAAACUCCCUUGCAAAGACGAUUACUUUAUUAAGAACCAGCCCGUUGAGACGCGGUGGUUCCAAUGCUCUAGUUAUCGUGCGGAUUAUCUCACCAAAGCUGAGAACGUUGGGUCUUUCGGUCUCUAUGUUGAAAUCUUGGGCAUCCUCUCGCGGAUUCACGUGUUCUUAAAACGGCCCGUGGACAUCGGGGCUCUCUCCGAUGUUGCAGAAUGGCAGGCUACCUAUCGCAAACUCGACAGUGAGCUUACAUCGUGGGAGUUCAAUCUCCCAGCGGAAUACGCCUACGAAAACUCGUCUCGAAUCUUCAGUGGGCCCAGGAAUGGCCGGGCUCUGCACAGCGAUUGGGUACAAUUACAUGCAACCUACCAGACAGCUGUGAUUCGGCUGCACUCCUCGGCAGCAUACCCGACAACCCGAUCUCCAAUCUUCACACCCUCAUAUAGUGCCAGCCAGCGAUGCCUUCUAGCCGUCGAAAACAUUCUAUUAGUAACUAGGUUUGUUGUAGAGCAUAAUCUGCUGGACAAGAUGGGCCCACCCUUCGCCUUCACCCUCUGGGUCUCAGCACGCCUACUUCUCGUCCACGGCUCAACCAUUGCACAUACCGUUAGCCCCGAUAUCACAUUUUUCGUGGAUACUCUAUUUCAUUUAGGAAAAUUCUGGAAAGUUGCCGAGCGAUACAGCAGUAUCCUUCAGCGCGUCCUGGAUGAGUACAACGAGUAUCAGCAAUCCAUCGCCACAGAUGGCGAACGAUCCACACCAUCAACAGUGAAAAUUCUCGCUGAUAUGCGUCGCUGUGCAUUCGAUCUGGACUUUUUGAUUUCGCGUCAACCACGAGAAUCACCUGCUGACAAUGGCAUUGGCGAGAGCCACCAGCCCCAGUCACGCUUCACUACAAUGCCCGCCCGCAACUUCGCCCCCAACGAACUCGAAUACCUCGAUGUUUUUGGUUUCUUCAAUGUUCCCCGUGUUCCUCCUGCCCGGGCUUCUGAUUUGUCUACUUCUAACCCCUCUCAUUUGGAGAUCCCAGAGCCUGGACCAAAUCCGAUGUCUGUUCAUGGAUUGACGGACGCUGGCCCCGCGCCUUCAACUGGGUCAGUAGAUGAUGGUGGCCACCCCUCCAAUGCAAAUGAAUUCAACAUCACAAACUACUUGAUUCCGACGCCAGAGACGGAUUGGCUGUUCCGACCAUCUUAA